UCCGCUGCGGAGGUCGAGCAUCGACUGACUGUUUUAAAUUCAUCGGGGGAGUGAUGCUCCAGCUUGAGUGGAACAUCCAUCGAGGUUUUAAAAUGAAUGAGGAAAAGGGAAUUAAUAGCGCCCGCCCCCUUUCGUUCACUUUGUCUUUCUCGCCGACUGGCUGAAAAUCAACUCAACACACACACCCACACAAAAAAACACACACAACAUUAGUUGGGUUCGUUAUUACUGGACGAUCACGUCAAACGGCGCGCGAUAUAAGAAAGCAAAAGAAGAAGGUUGAGGGGAGGGGGAAAAAAAAAGAGUCAAUCGACCAUCACCAGCAUGACGUCCGGCGUCGGCGCACCACAUCAGCCGCUUUCGCCCCGCAUCCACUUCUUCUAAUGGACGAGCCCGCACUUGUGUGGAAUAGCAUCGCCAACUCGGCCGACGGAACGGUGCGGUUUGCACGGAUUGAAACGGGACUUGAUCUCCUGAGAAUUCCCGCUGCUUUCUUUCGGCGUUUCCGUGGCUAGAGCUGAGGACCCUUGCAACGCCGAGAAUUGUGUCAGUUGCUCAGCCGUUCAUCAAGCAUGGUCGUCUUGUGGCUGUCGCCGCGCCUCCUCCUCAUCAUCCUGACUGCAGUUUCCCGACCUUCGGUGGGAUGUCCCUCCGGUUGCCGCUGCUACAGUCUCGCGGUGGAGUGCGGCUCUUUAGGAAUCAAAGAAAUCCCGCAGCGCGUCCCCUCCUUCACUGAGACAUUGUUCCUCCAGGACAACGCGAUUGUGCAAAUCCGUCUUCAGGAUCUGACCCGACUGGGCGGCCUCCAUUACCUGUACCUCCAAAAUAACAGCAUUUCAGCUCUGGAGCCCGGAGCUUUUCUCAGUCAGGGGCAGCUACUCGAACUCGCCCUCAAUGGAAACCUCAUCCAUCUGGUCACCCCAGAGACGUUCCAGGGUCUGGAGCAUCUUCGGAUCCUCUACCUGGCGGGCAACCAGAUCACUCGAGUCCAGGACGACACGUUCAGGGGUUUGCAGCGCCUCCAGGAACUCCACUUGCAGGAAAACAGCAUCGAGCUGCUGGCAGACAAAGCUCUGCGUGGAUUGUCAUCUCUGGCUCUACUGGAUCUCAGCCAAAAUCACCUCCACACCUUGGGAGCCUCGGCACUGCGGCCGCUUGUCAGCCUGCAGGUGCUCCGAGUCACAGAGAACCCAUGGCGCUGCGACUGCGCUCUUGGCUGGCUAAGGACAUGGAUCGGUGAGGACGGACAGCGGCUGUUAAGCACCGCUGAGCAGCGUCGAUUAAUGUGCUCGGAGCCGCCUCGCCUUUCCCACCUCAGCCUGGGUGAGGUGGCUCCAAACAGCCUGGUAUGCAUCCCCCCCGUCGUACAACUUGAGCCCAGUCAUCUAACUGUAAGACUCGGGGAGAGUCUCAGAGUCUCAUGUCAGGCCUCAGGAUAUCCUCAACCUCAGGUCACUUGGAAAAAAUCUUCCAACGGCAAGGCCCAGUUAUCCCCGCGAGGCUUGGUUCAAGAGCUGGGACCGAACGGUGAACUCUUCCGACCCGGUGCCGGAGGAGUUGUCACGGCCCUGCCCGGCAGUGCGGGAACAAAGACGGGAGGACUCAACGGGCUUGUGCGUGGGACCGAGGAGGGAGGCGAGAGGGACAGCUUCGACCCAGACACGGGCAGCGGCAUGCUGUUCCUCAGCAACGUGACCGUAGCGCACGCCGGUCGCUACGAGUGCGAGGCGUGGAACCCCGGCGGCGUGGCUAGGGUUACUUUUCACUUAGCGGUCAACAUGUCCUCCUCUUCAUAUUCGUCCCAAUUCUGGCCUCACUCAAACACCCACGCAUCGGUGUCGUCUUCAUCCAAUUCCUUCUACCCACCGAAGGUUGCCGAUGUUAGCCAGGAGCCACUUUACGAGCAAGACAGCAUGGACUUUAGUGCGCUGGGCCCGGCCACGCAGACCGCCAUUGCCGUCGGCAUCUCCUUGCUAGCGCUGACUGCUAUUCUUCUCUUGAUUCUGAUCUACACCCGUCACCAACAAUACCGGAAAGAGGACGCGGGAUCCUACUGCGCCACCAAAGAAGAGAGCAUUAUCUACGUCAACGAUUACUCAGACGGACCCACCACUUUCGAGCAGCUGGAGGAGUACAGCGAUGACCGCGGCCACGAGAUGUACGUGCUGAAUCGCGCAAAGCCGGUCGGCUCCGCCUCGGUGAGGUGCCCCGUGAUGGGAGGCUACGACCAACAAAAGACCAUGAAAGAAGCUCUGCUGGAUCAUCAAGUGAUUCAGACCCUGUCCAGAUCAGGAGGGAUGGAGCUUAGGAGGAAUCCGGGCGAUGGCGGCGAGGGGCCAUUGACCACGGACCCGGAGGAGGUCUUCCUCAGUCAGAGUCUCCUUUUUGAAUCCCAGCUGGCUUACGAAAUCCAUUGCUAAGGGGUUUCGCUUGAGUUCCCGAAACAGUGUGUUGCUUUAUCCGAACGACUCCAAAAACGAAAGAAAACAUCACACGUAGUGGAUGUUGGGAUGGAAAAGUAAAAGAGAGGAUUUGAAAUGUCAUUUUAUUUGCGUGACAACGGAUGGAUGGGUCAAGUCGUUACCACUUCCGCCAUUCGAUUUCUGAAUCCACCCUUUAAAAAGAUCAACAAGGAGGUGCAUGGAGGACAGUUGUACGAUAAAUUGUAUGAGAGUGGAGGGAUAAACUGUGAAAAAAAAAAACUACGACGCUCAGACAUCCAGUAUGUUUUGUUGGAAAUGGCUAAAAUUCAAACUACUCUUUUUUUUUUUCUAGUCCUUGUUGUAAAUGCCAUUUAACGUGCCCCUUUUUAUUCAAGUGGUAACAUUUCCAUUGUGAAUUAACUCCUUUGACAUUCAUCUGUAACAGCCAAUCAAAGUAGAGUAAAACAGGUCACCGUUUUUAAAUAUUAAAAUCAGUUUGAAAGCAAA